UCCCAGCCAUUCUUUUCCCAGCCCUUCUUUUCCUUGCCGCCCUUAUCGGCCUCAGAGCGGGCUUUGUUGCGUGAGGGAAAGGCCGGAGGCGGCCCCGGCGUGAAGCACUCGAUGUUUCUCUGAAAUAAAAUAACAUGGAUAAGUAUGAAAUUGUUAAAAAGAUUGGGGAAGGUGCCUUUGGCAAAGUAUUCUUGGCAAGAGGAAAAGGGGAUGACCAACAAUGUGUUAUCAAAGAGGUCAAUUUAACAAAGAUGCCUAGGAAAGAAAAAGAAUCCUCUCAGAAAGAAGUUGCUCUUCUAGCCAAGAUGAAGCACCCUAAUAUAGUAGCCUUCUACUCUUCACUUCAAGAGAAAAAUAAACUAUAUAUUAUUAUGGAAUACUGUGAUGGAGGUGAUCUAAUGAAAAAGAUAAAUCAACAGCGUGGAAUAUUGUUUGAAGAAGACAGGAUCCUGGAUUGGUUUGUCCAGAUAUCUUUAGGACUAAAACAUAUUCAUGACAGGAAGAUUCUACACAGAGAUGUAAAAGCACAGAACAUUUUUCUCAGCAAUAAUGGAAUGAUAGCAAAACUUGGAGACUUUGGGAUCGCACGAACAUUAAGCGAUACUAUGGAAUUUGCUUGUACUUGUGUAGGAACACCAUACUACCUGUCUCCUGAAAUCUGUGAGAACUGCCCAUAUAACAAUAAAACAGAUAUAUGGUCUCUUGGCUGUGUCUUAUACGAACUGUGUACUUUAAAACAUCCUUUUGAAGGCACCAAUAUGCACCAACUCGUGCUGAGAAUCUGCAGGGGCCAUUUCAUGCCAGUCUCUACAAAGUAUUCCUGCAACGUGAGAACUUUAAUAUCCCAGUUGUUUAAAACAGCUCCAAGAAACCGCCCUUCUAUCAACUCCAUAUUGAAAAAGCCCUUCUUGGAGAAGCGAAUAAAGAAGUAUUUAUCUCCAAAGGUACUGGAAGAAGAAUUCAGCCACACUGUUAUUCACAGGAAAAAACCACAAGCUUCAUUGUCAUCUGCUCCUAAAGUUCAGAAAGUAAGAAUCCAUGGUCAUCGUCCUCCAAGACCCAAGAUGGAGGUGCAUGUUGGAAAACAAGAAUUAUUACGUAAAAAUGAAUGCAAACCUCCUUCAAAAAUUCGGGAUCCUGUUAACCAGCACAAGUUUAAGUUGUGCGGGAAGCCAGAGGUAUUCAAAAUGUAUGGGCCCUAUAACCAUUAUUAUGAAAAGCUUGAGAAGUUGCGGAAGAGGGCCUCUGGGGAAGACGACUGUCCUCAUAUAAGCCAAAGAAUGGAAGACUAUUUUAAGCAGAAAGGACAAGAACCACCACCUCCUCCAUCUCAUUGGCCUGCAGAUUACCUUCAAAGACGAUUCAAUGCCCAGCAAUACAAGAUAAAAGUAGAGAAGCAACUUGGGCUGCGACCAUCAUCUGCUGAUAUUCCUCACUAUCAUGAUGUGCAGAGUCAACUGAUAAAGGAAGAGAAGCUUGAAGUCCUCAAAAAAACUCAUUCUCAAAAAAAUGAAAUGAAAGAACAGGAAUACCUAGAACAGCUGCAGAAAAUUCGUCAGCAAUACCAAAGUGAAGUCAAUGAAAUUAAACUUAAAGCAGAAACAUUAGAGGAGAACAAAACCUAUUUUGUGAAACAAAAGACAACUGAGGACCAGUCUGCUGACAACAGUGACAUCCCUAGAGGAAAAGAUGAGCCAGUCCAGGUUAUUGAACAAAGCGUGAAAAAAAUGGGACUGCGUAAUUGGCAAGAGAGAAAUGUUAUGGAAGUGAAACACAAAGCAAAGGGAGGUAUAAAGUUUCAGAUUGAUCUAGAGGAUGUGCCAGAUGUGAACAGUUUCCAAGGCAAGAAAGAGGAACACGAUAAGCUUAAUGAAACCUUAACUUUUGAGGAUGGAAAAAAUCUUAAGGAAAAGCUGGCAAACGUCUGUAAUGAUUAUACAGACAGAGCGUUGGCAGAAUUAUGCUGUUUGGAAACAGAUUCGGAGAAUGAAGAUGAUUCCAUGGCAAACAGGAAGCGCUGGCAGGUUGCAGCCCCCAAAACUCUCCUGAAUCUCUUAGGCAAUGCAGAUGUCACCUCUGUUGCCCCAGCCACGGACCAAGCAGACCCAGUGAUCAUUGUUCCUUCAGAAUGCCAUGAAAAAAGGAGAAAAUGGAGCCAAGAAUCCCCUGAGACACUAAUGAACAUGUUAGCAGAAGCGGAGUGCUCCAGUGACACGCUGUACCAAGCUGGAGAACCCCAGGAGGCAGUAACUCCAUGGACUCCCCAGAAUGAAGCCGAUUCAGAAUCAGGUUCUGCUGUUGACGUGGACGAAGACAGACUUGAGCCAAGAUCGGAUGAUGAUGACACUAACUUUGAAGAAUCUGAAGAUGAAUUGAGGAAUGAGCUGAUAGAAUCCCUGGAGAAAGUAAUAUCGUCACUGGAAGAAGAGGCUUUAAAAGCUCCAGUUGAAUCAGUGGACCCAGAUCAGCUGAAAAAAGAAAGCUUAAUUGAUAAAACACCUGACGGAGGCUUGGAAGAAAAUGGUAACCUGACUGGAAACAAACAGGAAGCUGCAGUCAGUUAACAUAAUCUCAUGGAAUAGUUUCUGAAGACUUCAUAGCAACCAGCGAUAGCUUUAAAAACCUAGUGCCUGUUUGUAGGGUCAUCAGCCAUCACUAUGUAGCAAACCAAGUAUCGGGUUCCCAGUACUGGGGACAAUACGUUUCAUUUCAGCUCACGUUAAUGAUCUUGGCACAAUGAACAACUGACCUCUCCAUCUCUAGACUUAGUACGUCUCUUGUAUUACCUCCAUAACAUUUUUAUGCUGAAAUAUUUCAGCUCCCAAUUUUUCUAGUUUUAUCAGGUAUUUCAUAUUUUGUUCAUUACAGAACUACUUAGAAUUGGGAAAAAUUGGAAGUUGAUUGGCCACUUCAGAUACUGCAGCUCUAAUGACAGGGUUUGCGAUUGGGGUGAAGUACGGUACGCCCAGCAAAGCAAAGCAGUCUUGUACUGACUGCUGAAGUGGGGCGGGGGGGAGAGGUCACAGACUGCCUAUUUUAAUAACAGUUUUGUGUCUAUAGGUUUCAGGAAGGUGAUGUCAAUUUAAGGAUAAAGGUAAUUUCCAAUCAAAAAUAGACUCAGGAUUUGAUACCAUAAAAAUUAAUUGAAAGUCAAAGACUUUUAGCUGUAAACACAAAGCUGAGCUAUCCCUAUGCAAAACUGCUAGUUAUUUUGCAACACUGCAAUCUUAACCAGUGAACAAUAUAUUAUGUAUAAUUUCAUCUAUAUUUGUAUUACCUACCAUGCCAAGUUUUAUAGCCUAUCGCUAAACCCACAAGUAUGUAUUUUUGUUGCACAAUAUAGUUAGCAAAUAAAAAACAAAAUGUA